UUUUGCGAUAAAAAUUUCUAAUGUGUAUUGUGAAUGAGAAAUAUAUGUAUAUACUUACACUCUUUAGUAUUCUGCAUGUUAACCCUGUUAUGUCACGUUCGCGCGGCAUGAAGCUGCAUUUUCGGUGUGUCACGCUCAUUAUACAUUAGGCUCACGAAUCAUCAACUAUGUGAAUCUGAAAACAUUAUCUUGCAUUAAUUACACGUUAUUCGUAAAGAACUUUAUUCAAUUAGUCAUCCAGAUAUCAGACUGAUAAAAUCAAGUGGUGUUUAUCUGUAAGAAGAAUUACUGUGAACCUUUACUGCAAGUAGACAACAAAUUAGAGCACAAUGAAAAUGACAGCAGUUCUGGCUAAGCACACUCUUCAUAGUGGAAUUUUUCAUCCUGUCCUUCGAGAAUGGCAGUCACCAAAUGUUGAGAUCACUGUUAAUAAUCUUAUGUAUCCAAUAUUUGUUUCGGAUGCAGAAGAUGCUAAAGAAUCUAUUAAUAGCAUGCCUGGUGUAUAUCGCUAUGGAAUUAAUCAGUUAGAAAAGAUGUUACAGCCUUUGGUUGCAAAAGGUUUACAAUCUGUUUUAUUAUUCGGUGUAACACAAUAUCUUGAAAAGGAUGAGAUUGGAAGCAAUGCCGAUAGUGCAAGGAAUCCUGUUAUUCAGGCUCUACCAUUAUUACGAGAAAAGUUUCCUAAUCUAUUAAUAGCAUGUGAUGUUUGUUUAUGUCCAUAUACAAAUCAUGGACAUUGUGGUAUUCUCAACAGUGAUGGUAGCAUAAAUAAUGCAAAUAGUAUCCAGCGGAUUGCUGAAGUUGCUGUAUCAUACGCAAAAGCUGGCGCGCAAAUUGUUGCACCAUCUGAUAUGAUGGAUGGUAGAAUUAGUGCAAUAAAGCAAGGUCUAGCUGCCGCUGGAUUUUCCAAUAAAAUAGCAGUUUUAUCAUACGCUGUAAAAUUUGCAUCAGGACUUUACGGCCCUUUCCGAGACGCAUCGCAAUCUGCACCAAAGUUUGGCGAUCGCAAGUGCUAUCAGUUGCCUCCUGGAAGUAAUGGAUUAGCAGCCAGAGCUGUUGCAAGAGACGUGAAUGAAGGAGCGGAUAUGCUGAUGGUGAAACCAGGAUUGCCUUAUUUGGAUGUAAUGCGACAUACAAAGGAUGCGCAUCCAGAAUAUCCUUUAUUUGUAUAUCAAGUAUCAGGAGAAUACGCUAUGCUGUAUCAUGGUGCACAAAAUGGUGCAAUCAACCUAGAGAAUGUACUCAACGAAAUAUUGCUUUCUAUGAGAAGAGCGGGCGCUGAUUGUAUCAUAACGUACUUUACGCCAUUAAUUUUGGACAUGUUGCAACGGAAAAGCAAGUUAUAAUUAGUUACAAUUAAAAAUUAGCAUGAAAUAAGAAAAUAAAUUGUGGAAUUUAAAUGGCAUGUAUAUAAAAAUUGUAUGCAAAAA